CACGAAGGUAAACUGCUAUCUGCUUUAAAAAGUGAGUUUAACUUUAACCAGUUUAACCCUUUGAAGGCUCGUAAUCAGUGGCUAAUGGCAGCUGACGGUCAGUGAGCAGCUGUUAGCGCUAAAGAUGGAGGAGCAGGAGGAGGCAGGAGGAGGAGGUGCAGACUCUCAGGAGAACAGAGGAGGUGUCAGGUUUAUAACAGAUGAGCUGCUGCUGAACCUGACCGGCCGUCGGGCUCUGGCUCCAGUUCGAAGUCUGAGUCUGUCAUCAUCAACUGCAGCCCAGCACUUCACGGUUUUAGAGCUGAAGCACCACCUGAUCCAGAUGAUAGAGAGACUGAGCGCCCUGACACACCUGAGAGGCCUGCAGCUGGCACACAGCAGCAUCAGGAGGAUUGAGGGACUCUUGUCCAAUCUGCAUCAUCUCAGACUGUCCUACAGCAGAAUCGAGCACAUUUCCGUGUACCUGGGGAAGGAGCUGCGCUCCCUGCACACGCUCCAUCUGCAGGACGACCUCAUCACAUCUCUGUAUGAGGCCUUCACGCUGCAUUCUCUGAGCAGCCUAUCAGAGCUAUCUGUGCCAGGAAUCUCCGCCUCCUCGCUGCUGCGCUCCCACCUUGGGACUCUGGAUAGGCUGGACGACCAGCCAAUCAACGAGCUGGCGACGGGGCACGCCCACCGGCGCUUCAGUGGUGCUGAUGCUGACCUCCUUCACACGGCCAAUCAGCUGGAACCUGAGCACCUGGUGUCACAGAGACAGCAGGAGGGGCUGAGUCAUCACUUUAGUAAACGGUCUGUUCUGGAGGAGCUGAGAGACGAAGCUGAGGACGCAAGACGACAGAUGGACGGACAGACAGAAGAGCUACAAACACAGCUGCUGAUGAUGGACGCAACAGACCCACAACAGGUCCAUGUGACCUCUGAGGUGUCCAGCUGCAGGCAGCUGUUGGGCAGGAUGAGCAGGAUGCAGCGUGAGCUGGAGGGUCGCCUUGAUGACCUGCUGUCACGCAUCGCCAUGGAGACGCAGGAGAUCAAGGAACUGGAGCAGCAGCUGACCAAUGGUCAGAUUAUGGCGAACGAAGCUCUGCAGAGGGAUCUGGAGGAGGUGAUCUCUGGACUUCAGGAAUACCUGCGAGGACUCAGAGAGCAGGCUCAUCGUUCUCAGCAGCAGGUGCACAGUCUGCAAGCCGAAAACCAGAGUCUGCAGCUACACCUGGAAGACACUGAGAGGCACUGCCGGCAGCUGGAGGACUCGGUUAGGACUCACACACAGAACAUGUCUGUCCAGCAGGGAGAGCUCUUAGCUCUCAGGAUGGAGGCGCAGGCUCUUAAGGACAGACAGGUGCAGAGCUGCAGAGAGCAGGUGGAGCUGGAGGCAGAGCUUCAGCAGCUGAGGGAGGAGCUAAGCGAACAGGUGAUGCUGGGACAUGAUGAGAAAUCGUGUCUUCAGAAAGAAGUCCACAGACUUCAGGCUCAGCUGGACCAGUUUACAACCGCCCUGUCAGAACCUCAGGAGGGCCUGCGUGGAGCAGAGGAGCCGGAUGGAGAUAAAUCCAGAUACCAGACGAGCAGUCCCAUCAGUCCUGACCUCACGUUGUCCAGAAGCUCGGAUCAGCUCUCCGGGAUGAUCCAGCAAACCGGGACCUGCAGACCACAGCGGGACAUCAAAUACAGCCAGGAACAUAUAACCAGACUGCAGGCUGAGCUGACCCGGCACCAGGCUGAUCAUUUUGAGGAGCAGGAGUCAGGCUGGAAGCUUGAGGAGCUUCAGAGGAGUGAGCGCAGGAGUAGACUCCUUCAGCAAAAUCUGGAGGCGCAGCUGCAGGAGAGUCGUCUGCAGCUUCAGGACGUCCGGCAGGAGAGAGACGAGCUGCUGCAACAGCUGCGUUCACGGAGCGACGCUCAGCAGAGGAGCCUCAGCCGCAUCAACAGGAAGCUACGGCAGCUCAGCAGGUCCACACGUGAUGCCGAUCAGCUGACCGCAGAACAGCUGAAAUCCACCACAGAACAGCUGAGAGAGCUGAACCACACUGUGGAGCUGCUGCAAGCACAGCAGGAGCAGGAAUCUGUGGACGAGCUGGAUGGAGACGCUCACCGGGACCGGGACCCACCCUCCCUGCAGGAGGAACGCACUGUGGAGGAGCUGAAGGCCGAGCUGGCCGACGCUCACAGACAAACACGCAGGCUGAAGAACAAGCUGGACCGGGUCAGGACCGAAACCAGGACCGGGAUCAAGGCCGGGGAUGGGGGACGGUGGUGGUUCGUACCUGCUGGACUCAGUGCUCCCAGUCUGGGCUCUCAGGGGACGCAGGACUCUGGUUUGGGGCUGCAGUACCUCUGUUCUCCUGAAAGGGGGCAGCAUCAGGAUGGACCUCCUGCAGGAGGGAGUUACUGGGUUUACACACUGCCGGCACACACCACCUCAGGGUGGAGGGACAGCAGCAGAGGCGACACUGACGGGAGCUCAGGAGGACUGACUCCUCCUCUCCCUCCUGACCCCGCUGCUGGUGACAGUCAGACUCCACCCUUCGGACCCGCCUGGCUCCUCUACGGUUCACCGGCAGCUGUUGUUUACGGUCCUCCAGCAGGAGGCGCUGCUGCGCACGGUGACACGGGAGGUGGUUGUGUGUGUGAGUGUGUGCACAGUGAAGCAGAGAAGAAGAAGAAGAAGAAGCUACUACUGGAAAACAAAGAGCUGCGAGACGCUCUGAGACAACACAGGACUGUGAUGCAGCUGUGUGAGGAGGUGGAGUGUGUGGAGAAAACUCUGCUGAAGAGACGAGCUGAGCUGCGUGAGGCUGACAGGAAGUUGCUGGAGGCUCAGAGCUGCAUACACACCAGCAGAGAGCAGGCCAGCGAAGCUCAGCGAGAUUCUGCCGUCCUGCAGCUCAGCAUGGAGGACAGCGCCACCCGUCUGCUGGAGGCCACGCAGCACACCAGGGAACUGCAGGAGGAGGUGGAGCAGCUGAGGAGGACAAGGGAGGAGGAAGAGCAGAUGCUCAAGCAGGUGGAGGUGAUGCUGAGGAGCAGAGAGGAGGAGCUUCAACAGCUCGACUCAGAAAUACAAACAGCUAGAGACACACUCGCUGACCUGCUGUCGGACUCUCAGGGGGCUCAGAGGCGCCUGGACUCUCUUAGCUGUCAGGAGGAGCAGCAGGAGCAGAGGCUGCUUCAGAAGAAGGAGGAGCAUGAAACUGCUGUGAGGAGACUGGAGGAGGUCAGAGAGGAGGAACGACGACUCCACAACACAGCCAAGGAGCUGUUGGAGCAGCAGGGGGCGCUGCUGAGAGGGAGGAAGGCUGCAGUCUCAGCUGUGAGAGAGGAAGAGGAGAGACUCGUCUCACUGAAGGCUGAGCUCAGCACACACAGAGAAGAGCUGAAGCAGGUCCUGCAGGAGCUGCUGGCAGAGCAGCAGACACUGGAGGAUGUGAAAACCAAAAGGACCCAGACUCUGCAGCAGCUCCACAGGACGAAGGAGGAGCUGCACAGGCAGCAGGAGAAGCUGGACAAGAAGCAGGAGCAGGUGGAGGGGGUGAGGGAUGAACUGGACGAGCUGCAGGACAAGAUGGACAGGAAGAGGGUGGAGCUAGCUGAGCUGAAACAGGACGUGGAGUCCCAAAGGAGACAGGCUGAGGCGUGUCUUGGAGAGAAAAGCCGACAGCAAGCGGAGCUGCAGGAGGUGCAGGAGGAGCUGAGCAGGGGGAGGGAGGAGAGGAGGAGCCUGCGGGAGCAAUGUAAGCACCUGGAGGCCAGACGGAGGCACGCCAACAGGUGUCUGUCAGUGGUGCAAGUGGAGCUCGCUAAACAGAAAGAGGAAUACAACCACACCCACCUCCUCCAACAGGAAGUGAUGAGGGAAACAACAGCCAGUCAGCACCAGCUUAACAAGAGCUCGGAGCUGCUGUCACUGCUCAGCCAACAGGUGGAGGAGAAGAAGAAACACCUUCAGACUGUGGAGCAGGAGCUGAGUGUGUUCAGUCAGCAGAGGGCAGAACAGCUGAAGGAGCUGAACACACAGAUACAACACAAACAGACUGCGUUGGAUGAUGUUAAAGCUGCAGUGAGUGAGAUGGAGGACAGGGGGCGCCAACUGAGCGAACAACAGCUGCAGCUGGACUGGCUCAGUGGGGAGCUGCGUAAGAGAGAGAAACGACUGCACCGCAAGGAGGAGGAGUUGGAAAAACAGUGGGAGGAACUACAGCAGAGAGGGGAGGAGCUAAAACAGAAAAAGGAUGGGUUACAAUUGAAGGAGGAGGAGCUAAAACAGCAGACAGAAGGGCUACAAGUGAAGGAGGAGGGGCUAAAAGAGCAGGCGGAGGAGCUGCAACAUAGAGAGGAGGAGCUACAAAUGAAAGAGGAGGAGCUUUGUGUGAAAGAGGAGGUGCUUCAUAAAAACCAGGAGAGCAGUGAGGUGUCCUCAGAGGAGGAGGAGUCUUUCUAUCUGUCCACAACUGGUCUGAGAUCAGCUUUCAGCACUGAGGAGGAGAAGUGGAGGGCCGAGCUGCAGAGAGAAAAACUGAGGCAACACGAGGACCGGCUGAAGGCUCGUCUGCGCUGCAGUUUACGGAGCCAGCAGGAGAAUCUGAAAGUGAGACGACUCGAGACUGAGGAGACUUUACGAGGACUGAAGACCAGCGUGGACCGGCUCGACUCGCUGCUCACACACACUACAUAACGCACACAGACACACACUGACAGACACACACUCACACGCCAUCUAAAAUGAGUGAAAUUUACAAAAAAGAAACAAAUUAGUUUGAGUGUUUUAGUCAGUGUAUCGAGUUGCUCCAGUUUUCAAAGUUGAGUUGGAAAAAAAUUCACAUAUUUGAACUCAUCAGGACACCAACAGCACGUUUUUAAACAGCUCCAGUCUGCGCGUGCAGUCAGUGCACUGUUAGUGCAGGUCAGAGGUCGGCUGCCUUCAUGAUGUGAUUGGAACGACGUGAUGUUGGAGUUCUGAUAAUUUUUAUAUGAUCCCAAAUUUGAAGCAGCUGUGUGCAGUGACCACAGACUCAAACCGUCUCGAUUUCUCUCAUAAAAUUGUCAUUUUGUUCCUCAGAAAUUCUCAAAUUCAAUUUUAUAUAUACAGAAAUCACAGCAACAGCUGCCUUGAGGUGCUUUAUAUUGUAAGGUACAAUAAUUACAGAGAAGAGAGA